CCGCUUGCUAAUAGAUAGUGCGAUCAGCCACCCGCUCGUUGUGAAAGGAAUUUUAUAGAGCGUGUCGGCUAUAAAUAACCGAUGCACUGAAGCAACUAUUGAAGGUUGACGAUUAUGAAUUAGAAAUUUGAAAACUUUACAAGGUAUACGAGGAGCUUUGUACACCAAAUGGAAGUGCAACUAGAAGAGCCGACAUGUACGAACAGUAUCGCGGCACCGCCUCUAACUAUUGGUGCUUUCAAUAUUCAGAUAUUUGGGAUAAGAAAAAUGCGACAGAAAAUUGUAACUGAAAUAUUGAUGAAGAUCAUAACAAGGUAUGACAUAUUGGUAAUUCAAGAAAUACGAGAUCGUCAUCAAACAUCAUUGGAUAAACUACUGAAUAAUCUCAACACCGUAGAUCCUUACAACCCGUAUAAAUAUGAAGUGAGUGAACGAUUGGGUAGAAAGGGCUGUAAAGAACAAUACGCUUUCUUAUACAGAUGUAGAAAACUUCGUAUAACUGAUGUUUAUCAGUACGAUGAUGGUGUCGACGAUGGCACGGAUGUCUUUGCACGGGAACCGUUUGCUGUUAGAUUUGAGUGUCCAACAACAGAGAUAAAAGAUUUUGCUAUAAUUGCUAUUCAUACGUCACCUAAAAAUGCCGUGCGAGAGAUCAGGGCAUUACACACAGUUUAUGAGAAAACCAAACAUCACUGGGAUCUCGAGGAUAUUAUUAUAGCCGGUGAUUUCAAUGCUGAUGGCGAUUACGUCAGGAAAGGAGACUGGGAGAAGAUAACUCUAAGGAGUGAUCGUCGUUUUUCCUGGUUGAUAAACGAUGACGUAGAUACAACAGUUGGCAGUACAGACUGUGCCUAUGACAGGUUUGUUGUUGCCGGGAAACAAUUAACUAAAGCUGUCGUUCCUGGAAGUGCUAAAACUUUUGCCUUUGAUGCGGCAUAUAACUUGACGAGAGACGAGGCAGAAGAUAUCUCUGAUCACUAUCCUAUAGAAUUGAAGAUUGCUGGAUUAGCUGAUAACAAACUGCAGCGAUACCUCAAAAGUGAAAUGUCGAUCACCAUCAACCAGAAGCAAGCGAUACCACGUAUAUCCUCAAUACGUUACAUCUACAGAGCCUCUAAAAACAAAAGAGCGGGGUUUCAGACCACUGUUCUCCGUGAAGGCUACAGAAUGUCUCAAGUUGUUGCUAAGCGACAUAGAGUCUCGGACGUUGUGACGUGUAUGAAACAUUUUAGCCGAUCAUUUCCGGAUGUGAUCAAACCAGAGACAAUAUCAAUCAUAACGGCGUAUAUGAAUUCAGCAGCGUUAAAGCAACCGCCGUACGUUUACGGUCUCGUAACACAUGCCUGUAAACGGUCUUUUGAUGUAACGGUCACCUGCCAGUUGAAAGCACCUCUAUUAUGUGACGUAACUAUUACAAAGGCAAUAAGUUAGAAAUCGUAGUAUUAAAAACCUUUUAAAGAUACAUUAUGCAAUCGGUAAAUCUGUCUAUUGCAGGCCACGAGUUCACAAAGCAUUCUCAGACUUAAGCAAAGAAUUUACUCAAAAUUAUUCGCUUUAUUUGAACUAAAAUAUAGCCCUUUAUAAAACUUUUGUCGUUUUAAUGUAUCAAAUACAUCAAUAAGAAACUAUGUGCAAGGUUUUGUAUUUCUUGAUCAAAGAUAUUUCUCAUAAACAGUGAUUGAAAGUUGGGUAAAUUCUUAAUUUAAGUCUGAGAAUGCUUUGUGAAGUCGGGUCCUUGUCUUUUGUUCAGCUGCAUUAUGAUUUACAUGAUCGUCGAGCCCAUAAUGAAUAACUUAACAUUUAAUAAUUUAACGUUUAAAUUAAUUUUCAUUUUUUUGUUUAUCAUCGUAGCAAUGGUACAUGACAAUCGAGACUAAUUCAGCUAUAUCAUAUCAAAACUUCAAACAUUCAUAAUUUCGCUCAGAAUAAAGUAAUUUGAAUGAAAUUUUCAAUAUAUUCAUUUUUCAUUAUCUAUUUUUAAACUAUUAUAGCAAGUACGGCCAGUUCUUUUACCACAUCUAUUAACAUCACAGUGGAUCUCAUGAUGUGCUAUAUAUGUUUGUUGGCUGUGGUGUCCGUAUACUGCAGUGGUUCUCAACCUUUUUUUUACCAACAGCACACCUUGGAACACAUGCAAACAUAGCGGCACACCUGGCUUAAUAUAUAUGAAAAAUAUUUGAAUUUUGCAAAAAAACAACAACACAGACUAGUCAUAGACACAUAUAAUGACUCAAACUAAAUAAAGAAAAAUACAGCUAUGAACUUACUUUAUUGCAAAGUGUUUCGAAUUUCAUCAGUCAAAUAGCUGACUUCUUUAGUGAGACAUUUUCUUAGUGUGCCGUUCAAAAUGUCGCGGCACACUUAGGAAGGUCUUGUGGUACACCUCUGUGCAGCGGUACACUGGUUGAGAAUCACUGGUAUAUUGUGUAAAUGUUUGUGUGUUGUGCACCCCCCCCCCACUACAUUUACUAUUACAUAGUGCACCUUUAACCUAUUAGUUUUGUAUUUUAUGUCCUUAAUAACCUGGGGGGUUGGAUGGCUGAAUGGUUAGUACCAUAAAGUCUUUCAUUGAGUCAACUGGCGUGGUUUCGAUUCCCUGGUUGUACGUGACAAGGAGUAGGGUCGCCUGUCCAACCUCGUGGGUUUUCUCCGGGUCCUGCGGUUUCCUCCCACUGCUAACAACCCCUACGCACAAGCGAAUUAUUCAAAAAAACUAAACCAUAUGUUAGUCCCGAAAUUAUUGAAAUAAAAUUGAACCAUAUGUUAGUCCCGAAAUGACCUAGUUUGUGUAGAGUGGACGUUAAACCCCAAUUCUCUCUCUCUCUCCUUAAUAACCUGUUUAUCCUCUUUAAUGUCGCCCAUGUAAAGCGCAAAUCGGGGAUGGUGGAUGGGGGAGGAGACAUCCAACCCAUGCCGAUUUGUUUGUAUACUUUAUAGAAAUCAAAUUUAAUUCUAUCAACAUUAUUUUUAAUGUUUUAUUUUAUUUUACAAAUAAAUAAUUAGAACAAAGAA